UUGUUAAUUUAGCCCAUAUAAAUUGCAACAGUUUUGCAAAAAAUACCAUUUGUAUGCUGUUUUUGGCUGUGUUGUUGAGUAAUGAUGUUAUUAUUUCUUUUUAUAAAGACAUUAAGGUUAUGAUGGGAGGUCAGGUAAGUGUUCACAGCACAUGUUGAUUCUUCUCAUGUGUAAACAUUUAUUUAAAAUUGACAGUCCUAAGGGAAAAAAUAAAUCUUGCAUGAUCAUUUUAUAGUUUUUACUUCCAACUUCCAUUACAUCCUUGCCACAGUUUUAACUUUUAUCUCUUCCCUGUUGUUUUAUGCCUUCUGGAAAUACUGAUAAAACGGCAACUGUUCUGAUUUAAACAUCAUUAGUUACUGUUCAAUAAACAUUUAUUGCUAGGCUAUAUAACAGGAGCAUAAGGAAGAAGGAGGGAUAUUAUAAGCCCUGUGUCAUUUCUGAAUUUUCAGUAUUUGAUUGUCAUUUAAAGAAAAGAGUCUUUUUAAACUAGUUGUUUGUCUGUAAAAUGGGUAGAAAACGUUGUAAUUUUUCAUCCACGGAAGUGCUGCUCACCACACUUGUUGCUUUGCUGUUUGCGGUUUGUAUUGGACUAAUUGUUGUCACUUCGCUCGCACUAGACAGCAAAGGUAUGAGACUUGAUUUCCUCCAAAUUUAAAAUUAAUAUUAACACUGUAAAAAGUGAUUUAUUUAAUUUACAUUAAAAAGUGAGUAAACUUAUUGGUUAAAAAGUGACAAGCAAACCUUUACUUAUAGAAACUAUAUACUAUAAACUUAUUGUAACUCAAUAUUGUUUAGUUGAUGACUUCAGUUUUUAUAAUUGUGCAUGCACAUAGUUCACUUUUGCUUAAUUUUAAAGGUCUUACUGCUAAUUUCUUAAAGUCAAGUAAAAGCUACGUGUUUACAGACUUUUUAAAGUAAAGUCAGCUAAUUGCAUUUUAUAGUGUACUCGUACUGAAUGCGUACGAUGUCUUGACCCAUGUUUUAUUGAUGAAUUUGUUUUUAGCAACAAAUGGUGAAGAUGAAGAUGAAACAGGCUCAGAGUUCACUGGGAAACUGGUUAUCUCUAAUGGAACGGUUUUUACAGAGGACCUCCUGAAUAAAAACAGCGCACAGUUUAAGGCUCUGGCAUAUGACACUGAACAGAGGAUCAGUGAUGCCUACCGUCGCUCUUCCCUUAAGGAGCAGUUCAAAAGUUCCAAGGUCAAUGAAUUCAGUGAAGGCAGUGUGGUUGUGGACUUUGACGUCUUCUUUCGUGGUGUUCUGGAUUCUGAGAUGGCGCAGAAACAGUUAGUUGAUGGAUUACAGCAGGGUGAAAGUGGAAAUGAUGGACUUGUAAUAGACAUCGGCAGUGUGGAGGUCACAGAUAAACCAACAACCACCCAGAGACCAUCUACAACAAAACCAGUGAACUGUCCAGAUGAACAGAAACUAUGUGCCGAUGGGAAAACGUGCAUUCCUCAAACUGACUUCUGUAAUGGAAUACAAAACUGUCCUGAUGGCUCAGAUGAGAAGCCGAGUGUCUGUGCAACAGUGUGUGAUGGACAGUUUCUCUUGCUUGGUUCAUCCGGAUCCUUCCACUCAAAAAACUUUUCAGAUGAUGGACUCGCAGCCUGCCGUUGGAUUAUUCGGGUCACUGAGGGAUUGGCUAUAAAACUGAUCUUUCAUACUUUCGAUACGGAACAAGAUCUUGAUUUUCUGACGCUAUAUGAAGGCAUCGGCUCCACAAAAACAUUAGCAUACUUUCUCUCAGGCACAUCUCCCGGAGACCUCUGGCUUUUAUCUCAUGAAGCAACUGCUGAAUUUAACUCUCAAACCGGGAACCGCCAAGGCUUCAACGCUACUUACAUGGCAGUCAACAUCAGUGAUUUUUCUAAUGAAGAGAAGAUAAACUGUUCCUUUGAAGAGGACUUCUGUCUCUGGAGGAAAGAACUUAAUGACGAUGGCGAGUGGGUACGGGCACAAGGCGAGACUCCUCCAUCAGACACUGGCCCAAGCUUUGAUCACACAACAGGCAACCAAUCAGGGUAUUACAUUGUGACCCCUCGGACUUCUGGAAAUUGGGAAAGAAAAUUCCGUCUCUACAGUCUUCCUCUGACUCCUACAAAGGAAUUGAUGUGUCUGCAGUUCUGGUAUCAUAUGUUUGGGGAGCAUGUUAGACGUCUGACGGUCACGAGUGAGGGAAGGUCAACCAUCACUGUCCUCUUCCAGAAAGAAGGGAACUAUGGGGACAACUGGAACUACGGCCAAGCCACACUAAACAUCUCUGCAGAUACUGUGGUGGUCUUUGAAGCUCAGAAGUCAUCAGGAAUUCUUAAUGAUAUUGCCCUGGAUGAUAUCAGCAUAGUGCCUGGUUCCUGCGAACAGAUUCCUCCUGACCCGACUCCGGUCCCCCCUCCAGUCAAUCCACCAGAGGAUUGUGGGGGACCCUUUGACCUGUAUGAACCAAACUCGACGUUCAGCUCUCCAAACUACCCAGAUGGUUACGGACAUAAUGCUUCAUGUAUGUGGACUUUACAUGCUAAGGAAGGGCAGAAUAUCCAAUUACAUUUUCAAGAUGUUGCUUUAGAGGCUAGUUAUGACGUCUUGGAAAUUCGAGAUGGAGUAGAGCCCUAUUCUGAUUUGCUAGGUGUCCUAACUGGGGAGCGCUCCUUUCCGGAUCUUUUUUCCACAACCUCUCAGAUGACUGUCAUGUUAUUCACUGAUGCAAAAACAAACAACAGAGGCUUUCUAGCCAACUUCAGCGCAGGCGUUAACCUUGGCCAACCUGAUCCUUGCCCUUCUGGACAGUUUCAGUGUGGUGCAGGAGCAUGUGUGUCCAAUGCCAGUGUGUGUGAUGGGGUAGAAGACUGCCCUAAUGGCACUGAUGAAGCUGAUUGUGUGCAUGUAAUAAAAGAUAACACCACUGGAACUGAACGACUGAAACUUCGAAUCCAGAAUAAUUUAUACACGGUGUGUGCUCAAGACUGGACCCCUCAGUUUUCAGACUUCUUCUGCCGCUAUUUGGGCUACAGGUCAGGGGUUGCCUUGUUCUCCAUCACUGUGGAAGGAGAUGGUCCAUUUACUACUGUAAAUGUGAACACUAAUGGCUCACUGGAACUGAAACCCAGUGACAAAUGUAUCAGUGAGAAGAUCGUUUCACUGCACUGCAACAAUCAACCAUGUGGUGUCCGUAAAGUACCUUCAAAAAGCAAGAUAAUUGAGGAAACGGAUGGAAAAAAAGAAGGCAGAGUGGUAGGAGGACAGGAUGCCCAGAGAGGAGCCUGGCCAUGGAUGGUGUCUCUGCAGUGGCUUGGUGGACAUGCAUGCGGAGCCACACUGAUUGACAGAGAGUGGUUGAUUACAGCAGCACACUGUGUCUAUGGGAGGAAUGUUCAGCUGUCGAACUGGGCGGCUGUUUUGGGCCUUCACGCUCAGUUUGAGACGAUUAACCCCAACAAGCAAGUCUUUUCAGUGGAUCAAGUUAUCAUGCACAAGCACUAUAACAAGAGGACAAAGGAAUCUGACUUUGCUCUAAUGCAUUUAAAGACACCUGUCAGCUACACAGAUUAUGUUCAGCCUAUCUGCCUACCAGAUCCCGGAGCACACUUUGAAGAAGGGAGAAAGUGUUUUAUUGCUGGUUGGGGAUUACUGUCUGAAAGCGGUUUAAAAGCUGAUGUGUUACAGCAGGCUGUUGUGCCUCUGUUGAGCAACACACAGUGUCAGGAAUGGCUGCCUGAAUACAACUUUACAGAGCGCAUGAUGUGUGCUGGGUAUGCUGAGGGUGGAGUCGACACUUGCCAGGGGGAUUCUGGCGGUCCGCUGAUGUGUGAAGAGGAAGGGCAUUGGGUUCUUGUGGGCGCAACGUCUUUUGGUAUCGGUUGUGGACGACCUCAGCGGCCUGGAGCAUAUGCUCGUGUCAGUCAGUUUGUUGACUGGGUAGCAGAGAACCGACGGCUGUAUUCAGAUUGGAAAGGGUCAUAAUUAAGUGUGCAGUGAUAUACAUUUUUUUUCUUGGUUUCCAUGGCCUUUUAGACACCCUAAAGAGUUUGUAACUUCAUUGUCACUGCUAAAAACGUGAGUGGUGGAGGAAAAUGCAUUUGUUCGUGACCCAAUAGGCUCCUUGAUGUAAAAACGACAUUGAAAAUGUCAUUAAUGUCAUCAAAAACACAUUAAAAAUGUAAAUCGAUUUAAUGUCAUUUGACUAUCUUAAUGUAAAAGGGUCAUUAAUACUAUAAAGUGCCAUUAAAUAAAAAAAUAAAAUAAAUUUGGGAUUUUUUACUUAACCACACAGUUAAAUUAUUUAGACUGUAAGAAAUUAUUGUUGGUCAGCUCCUGCACUUUUUAUAAAUAAUCUGCAAGCAGAAAAACAUUAAAAAACCUCAAAUUGUGUCAACCCUGUCAUGGACAAAUUCAAAGUAGUAUAAGUAUAUUUCAUUGCAGUGUGAUUAUAAAAAAUCCAUUACCUUUCGGAAUUGAAAAAGAAAAAAAAUGAAUUCACUGACAUUUCAUGAAAAAUAAUACAUUCUGAUUGAUUUUUGAUGUUUUUUGACAACAAUUUUAAAAGUUUAUUUAAUCAAGGUGGUUUACAAGCAUUUGGAAACACAAAAUUAUGUGUACGUUUGUAAUUGAAUCUUUCAGAUGAAUAAUUAUGUUAUAAUACUGUUUGUGUUGUUGUUGUUUUUUUGGCGGUCAAAAGGGUGUGGAUAUUAAAUGGACAUCAAGGUUUUGACAUAAAUAAUUUGCAUUUUUGACUUUUUUUUCCAUGUCAAUGUCAAUUUGAUGUUGUUUUGACAUUAAGGUGCCCGCUGGAAUUUGUCAGUAAUCAUUGCUAAAAUGUGAUAUUGCUAACUCAAUUGCUAACUCUUAUUUUGUAGAUACAAUGUUGAAGUUUACUAAAAGGAAUAUUAAUUUGCUAAGUAAAUAAAAGACUUUCUUGUAAUGGUUAAGAAGUUUGUUGUGUGUUGGAAUAAAAAAAAACGAAUUCC